ACUUGAAUUUGAACUGCAUUUUACGAAGACGGUUUGCUGCAUCUAAUAAAAUAUUGUAACUAUGGAAAUUAAAACACACGCUGGUCGUGAGCGUGUUAACAGAAGUACGAAUCACUAAAUUCAGAGGGCAAAAUGUUUCAAACGACAUUCGGACGUUCAAAGUUUGUCGCGUACAACUCCGUCUCAUUGAAAUUUCGCGGAACUGUCCGGGCAACGUAUUGAAAAACGCGCGACGCUUUUCGGAAUCUAAUCGUAUCGGCGAGUAACCGGUCCUAAUUUAUACGAAUCUUACAUGUGCGCUCCCCGCGACAGGUCCGCGUGUUAUCGCCUAAAGUGUUCCCGUUCGCGCAGUGGAAAGUGAUCGUCGUUCGAUAGUCCUGUGCAGCAGAGAAAUCGACGAACGAAUGCGAAAACAGCAAGAUCAUCGAGGCAAGCGGAGAUAUUGAUCAGGGAGGAAGAAGAAGAGAAUGAAGUGACUCUGGGACGAGGAAUCGAACGCGUGGGAACAGACAGACAUAUCGACCGCGAGAAAACGUUACUGGGCUAAGUGGAGAUGCGAGAAGAAUCUAGCUAACGAAAUUUCAAUUAGCAAUCUAUCUAAAUGUAUAUAUAUAAAAGUAUCUAACAACAAGCGUGGAGAAUAUAGAAUCAUCUAUCGCAAGCUGAAGAAGAAGAAGAAGAAAAAGAAAAAGAAGAAGAAAAACAAGAAGAAGAAGAAGAAGAAGAAGAAGAAAAAGAAAAAGAAAAAGAAAAAGAAGAAGAAAAACAAGAAGAAGAAGAAGAAUAAAACAGAAAAAGAAUAUUAAAUAUCGCUGAAGCGAUUCUAUUGUUUUCUCUACUACGCUGUUUCGAAGUUUAAUCAGAAGAUUCUAUAAUACGAUAUAUUAAGGUUAGACAAACGAAGAGGGAUCGCGCACUCAACGUUUGUCAUCGUUGUUAACGAUAAGUCACGGUUGUACGAGAGGGUGGAACCGAAACGACCAAGGAAGAAACGAAUUGUUGUCAAUUACUAAUCGAGUCGUCGGGUUUAAAGAAGAGUCUUUUUUCGCCUAGUUCAAUUACUAUUACUAAUACUAAUACUGUUACUAUUACUAUCACUAUUAUUAUUACUAUUACUAUUACUAAUACUAAUACUAUUACUAAUACUGUUACUAUUACUGUCGCUACUGGCUACUAUCGUAAGCAAUUUUAAGCAAGUCUCUCCUGUAGCGGUUCUCUUAACCUACCUCCUACGUGAAAGAAGAGUGAUAGUGAGGAAGGCGAGCGUGUUUCAGGCGACAACGAAGAAAAGCCGUGGAAAGUGUGGUGAAAGGGGUUGUGUGUGUUCUGUGCACGGUGAAACGGCCUACAAACGUGUGUCUCUAGAUUUAGCGCCUGACCGGCUCUAUCCGAGCCGACCCUUCAAAAUGGUUGUACCUGGUUUAAUCAGCGAUUAAGACUUCGACGUACGAAACGGAAGUACUAGCCGCUUCCGUUUGCGCAUACAGAAGCGAUGACUCGGUACGAGACUCCCCUCGUACUAAGCCACGCAAUUCGUGUGCUCCUGUUUUUCAGAAAGCGGCGGCGACGGCGGCAUGAACACACGGGACCGGUUAGGAAGUGCCAUUCGUCGAGUGUCGAGCGAUCACGAGCGAUUCAUCCAGAUCGCGGUCGCCGGCUAUCAGACUUUGAGUACGCGGCCGUAGUGUGUAGAGAGAAGCAACAAAAACAACAAAAACUAACAAGAAGCGUUCAAAGUAUAUAUUCAACAAUCGGGAGAGGACAUAGACACAGUGACUGACAAUAUAUUACUCCUGUAGUAUACCAAAAAAAAAGUGAACGGGUAGCAAGAACGGAACCGAAGAAAACAAGAAAACCAAAAUAAAAGAACGAACAACCCAAAAGUAAAAAAAGCAAACGCAAGAAACAAGUGUAUAGUUCGACAGUACAUGUGAGAAGUGAGCAAGAUUGCAAGAGAGAGGGAGAGAGAGAUUGAGGAAGCGAACGAGCAAGCGAGCGAGCGGUGUCCAUAAAUAACAGAGGGCAGUCGACAUGGAGAUGGUGGUCGAUCGCGUUCCAUCCGAGCGUUCGAUUUCCCGGGCGUCGAACGCAUCCGCGAGACACGUUCAGCCGUCGUGCAUGUUCCUCCUUGGACCGCAGGGAAGAUUCUAACUCCGCUGUCAUCCGAGAUAUAACGCAUGCACGCGAUGAGCCACACCGGGGAUCAUCGGGAGCCCGAAUCAGGUCGGAUCGUGGUAGAUUAGUUCGGCCAGGCCGUUGAUCCAAACGUAUACAAGAGGCCGCGGUGAUCUGUUAGCGAAGAACUUCAUGAAAAUGGACUCGGCAAAGCUUGGUGAGCCAGCCCCGAGCAGCCCCAGGGCUCACUCGCCGGUGAUGCCGACGUAUAAUACGAACACCACCUCCACCACGAACACCGGCACGGAGACGAACAUCGACUACGUGAUCGGUGACUACAUGGAGAGACUCGGAACGAGGCUGAACAUACUCGAAACAGAGCUAAAAUACGCGUGGAGAGCGCUGGACCUUUUAAGUCAGGAGUACAUCAAGAUGUGGGAGAGGCUGGAGAAGCUGGAGGGACUUUUAUACGAGCAGCAGACAGUGAUCAGCCAGCUGAUCGAAUUCUACACCAGCGGCGGUCCUCAUCAACAGGUUAACGUCGUGGAGCAAACGUUGGCCAGUCAGCAAGCCACGGUGGGCGAAUUGGACGCGAUCGCGAAGAGCAUCGGUGCCGGAUUAGGGGUCGAGGACACGAACGCCCUGAGGGAGAAGUUGACGCAGCAGGAGCUCGCAAGGAUGCACGGACUCACGCAGGAUAGCACAACAGCUGCCGCGGUAGUUACCGACAUGCACAGGAAUGUUAGGAACUUGGACACUCUGGAGACUCUCGCGGAAGAGAGUAAUAUUCCAGACGAGGCGUUCUAUAGAAGCUUGAACAACGCUUACAGAGAAGAUCUAAUUUGCGGCGACACGUCCAGGCCGACGUCGCAGUUGGGUAUGAUCUGGGAAGAAGCGGAGGAUGAGGAUGUGAAUGGGAAGAAGGAUAUGGAGGCGAGCAUGUUCGAGAAGACUGUGGCAAAGGAGAAGGAACUCGAAGAACUAGUUAGCAAGCCGACCGAGGAGAAGAUCUCAGAAGCAGUGACGGAUAAAAAGGACGAGGAGGACGAGGACGAGGGGGAAGUGUUUAGUGCGGCUGAUUAUAAGAGCUACCGAGGUAACACGCCCUGCGUUAGCGAGCAAGAUCUUGCACAGCUAUCUAGGCUCAGUUCCAUCGAUCAAGUGGCUUUGGAGAAGCUGCACGAGCUGGACAGGCUGACCAACAAGUUGCAACAGGAUUCCCAGAACCUUAUCGAACUCCAAACCCGAUUGAUGGACUCCCCUAAGAGGCAGUAUAGCAGCGAAGCCGAAGUAAAACUCGCCGAGGAGGCGAGCAGUAUAGAUGAGCAGCUUAGAAAGAUCUACGCUGAAACGGACGUCGACAGCUGGACCUUUUCUAAGAGUCCUGGAUCAACUGGCAGAUCGAUCUCCAGAGUUAGUACUGAUAGUGGUUUAGCCACCGACGGUGACUUCACCACAAGAUCAAUCUCACCCAGACUGACGUCCACAUCCAGGUCAAAUUUGGACUCUAUUUCGAGUACCUACACACCUCCUAGGCUCGCUUACACCACUACUGCACGGGAAAAGGCUACUGAACCCGUGAUCCAGUUGUCUAUCGAUGUAGGGAACUUCGCUAAGGGCUACGCGGAAAACAAGGAGCUGACAGACUUAAUGGUUGAGAGUUUCGUCGCUGUAACCUGUGCCUCGCCGACUAUUUACAGCACGACCGCGGAUAAAGUUCCAUCCCCGACUUUGUCCGCAGGCAGCGUCCAUAGCGUCCACAGCGUCCACAGCGUGCAGAGUCUUCGAACCAGGCAAGACGGCUAUUUCGGUAGCGCAGCACGGUUGAACCUGGAGUUCCAAGAGAGCAGAACACCUCCUAGUCCCUCACCCAGUUCGCCGCCUCCACCGGCUCCUAGGGAUUCAGCGGAGUCAUUCCUGAUGCCAGGAUCCGAACAACGGGAAGCCGAACCGAAGAGUUCCCAGAGUCCUACGUUCCUCAGAAACGCCGAGAAACUAGUGUCCUUAGAACAAGGUCGCUUAAGUCCACGAACACCGCAUUCACCCAAGUCGCCGCGGGUGUCGCCUAAACAUACUAUCAAGCCUAGCAGCGCAGUAAAUAUAGUAGCAGCUAAGUCCGAUUCCGGACUUUCAUCGAUGAGCGGAUGGAGCAGCUUGGAUAAAUCCCCAAGUUCACCAAAGAGCUCGAUCACCAAGAUGCUGACCUCAUACUCGAUGGAUCAUGCAAGGACAACCUUGAUACCAAGCACCACCGCAGUUAGAUCCGCCAGUCCGAUACCACCUCUACCAGAGACGACUACCUCGGUGAUCACACAGGAGCCUUUGUACGACACUCCUGAGGGCAGAGAUGCUUUUGCUAACGCUACAGCUACUGUUACCAGUCACUCUUAUACGGUAGCUAUGAACCACCUGUCAAGCUACUCUGCGAUGAAGACACCAACUACUAAGGAAGACUACAGUUUUGUGCCACCACCAGCACCUAUUUCGACCACCUGUCAGAGCCCUAAAAAGCGAACUCGUCAGCAGACUCUACAGCAUACCUAUGACACAGUAGCACCUGGAACCACGCUGGACUACGUAUUCAAGUCCGAUCAGCCGGCAAUUUACUCCGUGGCCGGUAGUAAUCGUCAACAAGCUAUUACGAGCGUGUACACUAGUGGUUCCGGCAAUUAUGGACCGAAAACCACGAUCACCGCUUAUUAUACCGACUCUGUGACGGAACAGUAUACUAAUAGCUACCAAGACGGCUUCAGCACAGUGCAGUACACGGAAUCAGGCGGUACCGUCCACAUGAGAAAACCGAGGAGCAACCAGUAUCCGGACGGAAUGGCGAAUCACGAAAGCUACAAAGCCGCGAUGUACCGCACAAUGUUUCCUACGGGAAACAUCACGGACGCUUUGUCUUACUACCCGACUAGCGCGAACCUGCCACGAACAGAGACGAAUGAAAGCUCGUGGUUGAACUCAAUGGAGGAACAGAUACCGCAUGACUCGACCUCUUCUAGUAUCAGAUCGUUGACGUCCGAUGGUAGCUACGCGCAAAGUCCGUAUACUGACAGGAGGUACCCUCAACCUCCGGCCUAUCACCAUACCUACGCGAACCAGAACUACCCGCAGGCCUACCAGCAACAGUACCAACCAUACAGUCAAAGACUGAGCAGCACAGAAAGCGCACAACUGACAGACGGCUAUCAGAGACAGUGGCAGAGGGAGCACCAGUACAUUCAGGACCACGACACCGGUAGAGCGACGAUGGAUCAGUCUCAGCACCAAACUAGUGAAUACUACGACGCGUCCAGUGUGAUAGUUUCGCAGUCGGGCUACAUAAGCAUCGCGUCGAAUUUGAAGGAUCACGAGGUGGACAACGCGAAGGCCACGAAAAAGAUCCGAAGGGGAUCGUCCCUGAAGAACGCGAUGAGCUCAAUGAGCAACUGGUUGCCGGACUUGCACCUGAGCAAACGACAUAGAAGUCACUCUUUACCAGGUGGAGUGAGAAGAGAGGACUUAGACGGUCCCCAGGAGCAACCACAACGACUUCCCGCAGAAGUAACUACCACCAGGGGUCGCGGCAGGGGUCAAACAACUAGGAAGAAGAAAAAGCACACGUUAGUCUCAACAGUGUCAGGUAUCUUACAGAAGGCGAAGAGAAGGAGCCAUCAGUCCCAAUCCUUGUCAGACCCUGAGCAAUCGGAGACUGAGUGGAGCAGCGGUAGGCAAAGUGGCCUAUCGGAAGACGAAGACAGCGUGAUGUCCGACGCAAACCAGGAGCAGCCGUUCUUCGCGAAAGUGAAGACGGCAAGCACGAAGCGGAAGCCAGUAUCGCAGCCGAUUCCACAGCAGCAGCAACCGACGACGCAGCUACCGCCUCAACAGAAGGAUUAUCUACAACAGCAACAGCAACAACAACAACUACAACAACAAGUUCUCCAACAACAGGUGCAGCAGCAGGCUCUUCAGCAGCAGAUGCAACAGCAGGCUCUUCAGCAGCAAAUGCAACAGCAAAUGCAACAGCAGAUGCAGCAGCAGAUUCAACAGCAUCAGGAACAACUGCAGCAGCAACAAGCUAUUCAAGAUGUCUGGAGCAAAGAGAAGGAUCAACGGAAGGAAAUAGAUCAUGAUGUCGAUCAACUAGGUGGUUUCGAGGAAGAAACAUCUGGCAAAAGCACAGGAUCCGGUUCAGGAGGAUCCUCUAUUUUCCAAACGGUUGGUGACAUCAAGAAGUCGACAGGUAGCUCUGACGAAGCUCCAAAUGAGAAAGCACCUAAACUUCCACCAGUGACCUUGAUGGGUGGUGCAAGUAUGGAAUUUGCAGUGUCCAGAGCGUUAGGCAAGUACAGACAAAGACAAUCGUCCACGGUGUCCGACGAGCAGCCGGUCAGCGAGGACUCCGGUAACGACAAGAAGUCCGAAGAGGGAACCGUCCAAACGUUGGAGACGAGCUUCGAGUACCCAGAAGAUAUGUCGGAGAAAAGCGAGAAGAGCGAGAAAUCGAGCAGCACCAGGCUGCCGGAACUAGUGACGAGCAUAUCUGAAGAAGCUCCACCAUCGGAAGGUAGCCCGUCCGCGUCCAGCGCAAGAGGUCUUCCAACGGGGAACCGGUUCCUACCGCGACACCAGCAAUCCCUGGAAAUUCCUUGGACUGGAUCCCGGCCUGGCGAAAUGGACGAGGACAACCGAAGCACUCAUUCCUAUCGAAGCACGUCGAGAGUCUCGUCCAGACGGCAAAGCACCGAGGACUCGAUCGACUCCGAAGACGAAUGGUACCGUUACGAGCUGAGGAAGCUGGAGGAACUAGAGCGACAAUCGCAAAUAGAGGUAGAGAUGGGAGAGGUUCUGGUCGAAGAACCUGAAGAAGCAGACCAUUAUAAGCCAGACGAUACGGUGAAGGAGAAAAUGUCGUUCGUGCUGAAAGAGUUGAAAAUGAAGGCUACAGUGAAACCAAGGGAGCUCGUAGAGGAAAGGGAGGAGAUGAAAGCGGUUAAAAUGAACGGAACCAUCUCGAAAGACCGUCGUAUCGAGGAGAGAGACCGAUAUCGCGACGAAAGACCAAUUCCGAAACGAAAGUCUGCCGAGAGUAUCGAGCAAGUGUUCGCUAGAGUAACGGAUUAUCAUUCGUGGGCGCAAGAGGAGGAAGUUAGGAAGGAGAAGCCACCUUCAUCCGUGGAAGAAGGCUCGUCUGGUGAGACAUCUGGUCCUGAUAGUCCUGUUCAAUCAAUGGACGAGGAAGAGGAGGAGGAGGAGAUGCCGAAGGAUCUCGAUGAACAGCAGUCUAGGAGGAGUUCUAGCGGCUCGACCCUGCGACACAGCGAGAAGAUUCACCCUGGAUCGGAAUCGCUGUCUCGUGAGGGUAGCGUUAGCGUGCCACCUAGCGAGGUGUCCGUCAGCAUCCCGGGUGCAUGGGAUUCGGAAAGCACUGUCCUUGAAGGCCUCGAGCGCGACGGUGCUGGUAGCGCCGAGACGGCGACUACCGCGACCUUGAGCCUGCCGAAAAUCAAAAUCGACUCCUCGUCCUGCGGUAGCUCGGACACGACGCUUAAGGAGGGCCAGGUCAGCCCUGGCCCCCCUGGAUCCAAGUGGAAGCUACUGAAGGCGUUGAAGGAACGCAAGGCCGAGGAGAAGCUCAAGGAGGUCGAGGAGGCCUCUAAGGAGACUGCUAUCGCUCAGGGACCCACGGCAAACGGCAGCGGGCCUGGGGGCGAAUCCGUACGAGACAACGGACAUCCUGGAGACAAUCCUUUCUACAGCAACAUAGACAGCAUGCCGGACAUACGGCCGCGACGAAAGUCGGUGCCAUUGGUCUCCGAGCUGGUCUUGAAGACAAUGGCGGCGACGAAGAGGAACACGGCUGGUCUAACAUCGGCGGUGCCCAGAGAAACAUUGAACAACGAGGAUCUGAAGAUGCACGUGUAUAAGAAAACGCUGCAAGCAAUGAUCUACCCAAUCUCCUCGACGACGCCGCACAAGUUCGUCACCUGGACGGCCACGUCGCCGACCUACUGCUACGAGUGCGAGGGGCUACUCUGGGGCAUAGCGCGCCAAGGGGUGCGGUGCACGGAGUGCGGUGUCAAGUGUCACGAAAAGUGCAAGGAUCUGCUCAACGCGGACUGUCUGCAGAGGGCGGCUGAGAAGAGCUCAAAGCACGGCGCCGAGGAUAAGGCUAACAGCAUAAUCACGGCCAUGAAGGAAAGAAUGAAGCAGAGGGAGCUCGAGAAGCCGGAGAUCUUCGAGCUGAUCCGGUCAGUCUUCGGGGUCGACGACGCGGCACAUAUGGGUCACAUGAUGUCGGUGAAGCAGUCGGUUCUGGACGGUACCAGCAAGUGGUCCGCGAAGAUCGCCAUUACAGUAAAAUCCGCCCAGGGACUGAUCGCCAAAGACAAGAGCGGCACGUCUGAUCCUUACGUGACUGUCCAAGUCGGGAAAGUGAAGAAGCGAACCAGAACGAUGCCGAGGGAAUUGAAUCCGGUUUGGCACGAGAAGUUCUACUUCGAGUGUCACAAUUCGUCCGACAGAAUAAAAGUGAGAGUCUGGGAUGAGGACAACGAUCUGAAGUCGAAGCUACGACAAAAGUUGACGCGAGAGAGCGACGACUUCCUCGGGCAGACCAUCAUCGAAGUGAGAACGCUCAGCGGCGAGAUGGACGUCUGGUACAAUCUGGAGAAAAGAACAGACAAGAGUGCAGUGUCCGGCGCUAUCAGGCUGCACAUCAGCGUCGAGAUCAAAGGAGAAGAGAAGGUCGCGCCUUAUCAUACCCAGUACACCUGCCUACACGAAAAUCUCUUCCAUAGUCUAUGCGAGAAGAAUGACGGUGUCGUCGCACUGCCUCAAGCGAAAGGUGACGACGCUUGGAAGGUGUACUUCGAUCCACCCGGAGAAGAACUUGUCGACGAGUUCGCAAUGCGAUACGGUAUCGAGAGUAUCUAUCAAGCAAUGACGCACUUCCACUGCCUUUCGACGAAGUACCUCUGUCCAGGCGUGCCAGCGGUGAUGUCGACCCUAUUGGCGAACAUAAACGCGUACUACGCUCACACGAGCGCGAGUUCCGCUGUUUCAGCUAGUGAUAGAUUCGCCGCCAGCAACUUCGGGAAAGAGAAGUUCGUGAAAUUACUGGACCACCUGCACAACUCCCUGCGGAUCGAUUUGUCGAUGUACAGGAAUCACUUCCCGGCGUCAAGCCAGGAGAAACUGAUGGAUCUGAAGAGCACGGUCGACUUGUUAACCAGCAUCACGUUCUUCCGGAUGAAGGUCCAGGAGCUGUCCAGCCCGCCCAGAGCUAGCACCGUAGUCAAGGACUGCGUGAGGGCCUGUCUGCGCUCGACGUACCAGUUCCUCUUCGAGAAUUGCUACGAUAUCUAUAACAGAGAAUUCCAGGCGAAUCCGGGCGAGGCAAAGAUGGGCGCGGAGGAUCAGGGGCCCAGGUUGGAUUCACUUGACUUCUGGCACAAACUGGUUGAGCUGAUCGUCUCGGUGAUCGAGGAGGACAAGAACAGCUACGCGCCUGUCCUGAAUCAAUUCCCACAGGAGUUGAAUAUCGGUCAAUUGUCGGCGGCCACCAUGUGGGCAUUGUUCGCGGUGGACAUGAAGUACGCGCUGGAGGAACACGAGCAGCACAGGCUCUGCAAGUCCUCGGCCUACAUGAAUCUCCACUUCAAGGUGAAAUGGCUGCACACCAACUACGUGAAAGACGUGCCGCCCUACAAAGGAGCGGUGCCGGAGUAUCCAGCGUGGUUCGAGCCGUUCGUCAUGCAAUGGCUGAACGAGAACGAUGACGUCUCAUUAGAAUAUCUCCAUGGUGCCUUCAACAGAGACAAGAAGGAGGGAUUCCAACAGAGCAGCGAACACGCGCUGUUCAGCGUCUCCGUCGUCGACGUCUUCACGCAGUUAACCCAAUGCUUCGACGUAGUCUCCAAACUAGAAUGUCCCGACCCUGAGAUCUGGAAGAGGUAUAUGAAGAGGUUCGCGAAGACUAUCGUGAAAGUCUUGAUCGCUUACUCUAACAUCAUGAAGACGGAAUUUCCAAGUCAUUUGAAGGAGGAACGAAUCGCGUGUAUCCUGAUGAACAAUAUCCAGCAACUGCGAGUACAGCUAGAGAAGAUGUUCGAGUCUAUGGGUGGCGAGAAAUUGGAAGAAGACGCGGCGAACAUUUUGAAGGAACUCCAACAACAACUAAACGGAUCACUCGACGACCUGGCAAUGAUGUUCGCGAAGAGUCUGGAGCCGAGGAUAACGGCCUCGGUGAAGGAAUUAGGGGACUUGUUACUAGCCAUCAAGGGCGGUGGCCAAGUGCAACUGUCGCAACCCGCCCAGAGAAACAACGUCGCCGUGGAAGCAGAUGAAGUACUGCGGCCAUUGAUGGUUCUUCUCGACGGAAGUUUGACACUAUACGCCGAGUCUUGCGAGAAGACCGUGCUGAAAAGGUUACUGAAAGAACUCUGGAAAAUUGUUAUGAGAAUAUUAGAGAAGACGGUCGUGCUACCACCUAUGUCGGAUAAGAGCAUGAUGUUCAAGAAUCUGACGGAUAACGCGAAGAAUCUGGCUGCGAAUGCCAAGAUAGAGGACAUGUCGAAGCUGUUUAAGAACCACAUGGCUGGCAAACCAGACGUGAAGAAUGCUUUGAGUGGCGUAAUGGAUAUUUCCAAGGAAGUAGAAAAGAAUCUGUCUCCGAAACAAUGCGCAGUUCUCGAGGUCGCGCUUGACACGAUCAAACAAUUCUUCCACGCAGGUGGAAACGGUUUGAAGAAGACGUUCUUGGAGAAAUCGCCGGAACUCCAAAGCUUGAGAUACGCUCUUAGCUUGUACACGCAGACAACGGACACCCUUAUCAAAACUUUCGUAACGUCACAAAUCAACCAAGUGCCGCUGAACAAUGUGUCAAAGCUACGUCAGCGUCAGCGUUCGAUGAGCAGCGAGAGAGGCGGUGACGAAGGGGAAGGAGCCGAGGGUAUGGAAAGCCUCGAGGAACCCCUUCGCCAGAGCAAACCCUCUCUUCGUCGAGAGAGUCGACAAGUUCCAGAUACCGCCGGAUCGGAAGAAGGCUCCGUGGGGGAGGUCAGCAUCCAGGUGGAUCUGUUCACUCAUCCUGGAACCGGCGAACAGAAGGUCACCGUAAAAGUUGUCGCUGCGAACGAUUUGAAGUGGCAGCUCGCCACGGGCAUGUUCAGGCCGUACGUGGAGGUUAAUCUAAUCGGACCUCACCUUACCGGGAAGAAGAGGAAACAGUCGACGAAAUCAAAGAGCAAUAACUGGUCGCCGCAAUUCAACGAGAGUUUCGAUUUCAUGAUCGGCAACGAGCAACAGCAACUCGACUUCUACGAACUGCACAUUUGCGUGAAGGACUACUGUUUCGCCAGAGAAGACAGGCUGGUCGGCGUGGCGGUGAUGCAGCUCAAGGAUAUUGUCGAGGAGGGUUCGUGCGCGUGCUGGUUAUCGCUCGGUAAGCGCAUACAGAUGGAUGAGACCGGCUGGACGAUCCUGAGGAUCCUCUCGCAGAGGAACAACGACGAGAUUGCGAAGGAAUUCGUAAAGCUGAAGAGCGACAUCAGACAGGAGACGCCGUUGCCGAACCCCACCUGAGCUUCGGAGACCCAGCAUUAAAGCCGACUGCGAAGCGAGUCCUUCGAGUUUGGAAAGAGCUCGGAGGUGUGAGUAAACGAAGGAGAGGAGCUAUUGUCCACAGGGGAAGACCGGAGAAGCGUUCGGCCGUCGUUGCCGAGGACACGAAACCGAGAAGUAUCGUCGUUGUCGUCGACGAGCAACAACACCGGGAGCGGCACACGCGAUCGAUAACAAUCAGCGCGGAACACACGAUGCCACGAGAAACAAAAAGAUCGCCGAUGAUGAGUACGAUCCGGCCGAGUCAAAUAUCGGUCCGGUUUUCCAUUGAUGGGAGGGAAACGCCAUGCGAAUACCUACCUCCCGACGUUUCCCGCGCAGCCAGCUUCCGGUCGAGCGUGUUUUUCUCUCUUUUUUACGAAUCACAGAGCUUUAGUCCCGUCCCUAAAAAAAAAGAAAAGAAAGAACGAAGGAGUCGAUUGAAUCAAGAGGACGACGGAUCCUUCGGGAAAUCGUUCUCCUGAGAUGUAUCGUGUAAACGCGUUGAAUAUCAGAUACCGAGAGUCUGAACGUUCGUCCAUUGGGUAACAGCCGGACACAAAUGAGAGAAGGACGCGAUCUCUGCCGCCCCUUCAGACAACAGGAAGCGUGCAGAAGAGGGGAACUCGGGAUUUUGGUGAAACACAGAAGAACACGCCGGACUCUUAUUCGAUUAAGUGCCGUGAAGGAGGUGGAUAACGAUACCUCAGGUAUUGGAGAGUGUUCCGUAUAGACGCGAUACGUGAAAACAGUGCUGCCAGUACGCAAUAUAUUUGGUAAUAUUCGUAAUGUAAAAGAGGAAGAAAGGAAGGAGGAGAAAGAGGAGGAGUCGAAUUAGGCGUAAAGGUGCGUCCAACGCGAUUAUACCUUGAUAUCCACGGAUCCCGGCGGAACGCUAAUGCGCGAGAGGAGGAAGAGGAUCGGCAGCGGGGUCCGAGAUAGCGAGAAACACGUUGGGAGGCCGACGACGCGAAUCGGUCGUGUUUCGGUACCGAAAGCGGGAAAAAAUCGCGUCGCGCAGCAACGAGGCGAAUGUAAAACGCAUAACUAAUUAAUUAAUAGACCCUCGUGCAAGAGACGACGUUUUAGGCCGUUUGUUCAGAAAGACGAGUUUACUUGUAGAUAAAACACGUGAGAAAAAAAAACACAUUGUUGACGAAGAAGUUUUUUCUAAUAACAAGUUUAAACGUAGCAUUGCGUACGACCAAUAGGCGCGCCGCGACGUCACUCGCGGCGGGCCGUUAGUAAUAAAUAGGCAUUGUAAUGUAAAAUACGUUCUUAUCGUAAGAAUUUCAAAACAAGAGAUCGUAAGAGUCUGAUUGCUGUGGUGAAUGGCGAACGAGGUCCGUUCGAUGGCUUCGAGCACACUCCCGUGAGAAUCAUCCCCGAUCCUAUCCUUGAUUACCCUCAUGCCACGAGAUGUCGUUCGAUUACAGAAAUUCUCCCGGCGUAAGAAACAAAAGAGAAGAAAGAAACGGAAACGAAUGGAACACGUAGCGCUUCGAUCAUGCCCUCGAUUUUCGGUUCGCGCGACAACAUCGCGAAACAAAGAGCUCUGUCUUUGAUCGUCGCCAGGUAUCAUGUCCCCGGGUCGGCGACCAAACAUUUUCGAAAUUAAAACUUUAUAUCGUCGUAGUUCUAUAGUAGUUAAAUAUUCAUAAUAACUUCGACACUUUCCUGACGACCAUUGCUUUUUGUGUGAGCGAGCAAAAACCAAAUAUAUACACAGUGGAAGUGGAACGCAAGCUUCGAAAAAGAAAAACAACGGACGUUAAUACUUCUCUGUCUAUUUGCUUGGUACCUCAUCGAUAUUACUCUUGUAUAUAGAUCGAGGGCCGUUCUCCCGUGGACAAGAUUCGUAAAUUACGAUCGAGAACGCUCUUGUACAACAACUCAUUCCCUUUAUCCUCUGUCCUAAUCGGAAAAUCGCAGGGAUACGGAAAUCGAGGGCGGUCACGGUAAAAUGUCCUCUGAUUCGUUGCAAAACGGAAACGGUCCCAGAGGGAAGCCCUUGCGUCGCGUCCAGUGUCGCUCGAAACAUUUCAGUGAUAUUCGUCACUGUUCUAACCCCGAAGCCUCGACUGGACCUCCCGAGAAAACUUUCGAGAAAUGGGGAAAAGGGAGAAACUAAUAAUAACACAAUGAUGCACGCGACUUUGAACCUAAUGAAUUUCAUUCACCGGCCCCCGCGGCCCGGCCAGAUAUACAAUUCCAGAGAUUACAUGAUUAUAUCCAAAAAAGUUUCUACUUACGUAGUACGUCUAGAUAUACUUACGUAUUGUGUAUAGUGUCUAAACGCUGAUCUA